AUGGCCACAGCUUUUUCUACACCGGCACCUCUCUUGAGGAACAUUCAGGAUCUCAAUCAUCAGGUAUGGAUCCUUCAGGACCAGACCCUGACAGCAGUCCCAAGGAAGCAUAACAUGGUUCCAGCCACUGUUGCCUUAAUUCCAUGCCAACAUCUGAAUACUCUUGACACAGACAAAGGAACACCCAUGUACCUGGGAUUAGAGACGCCAAAUCUCUGUCUUUUCUGUGCAAAGACCAGGGAGCAGCCCAUGCUGCAGCUUGAGGAGAAGGGCAUCAUGGCCCUCUAUCACCACCCUGAGCCCCUGAAGCCCUUUCUCUUCUAUCACAAUGAGAGUGGCAGAACCUCCACCUUCGAAUCCGUGGCAUUCCCUGGCUGGUUCAUUGCUGUCUGCUCCUCAGGAGGCUGUCCACUCUUUCUGACCCAAGAACUGGGGAAAGCCUACACCACAGACUUUGAGUUAACCCUACUGCACUAA